UCCACCUAUCAACACGGUUAAGCCUAAUUCUGUAUUCAUUAGUCCACCUGUUAAUACAGUUCAGUCCAGUUUUAUGUUCAGUAAUCCACCUAUCAACACUGUUAAACCCAACUUUAUGUUCAGUGAUCCACCUAUCAGCACAGUUAAGCCUAACUUUAUGUUCAGUACUCCACCUAUCAGCACGGUUAAGCCUAACUUUAUGUUCAGUACUCCACCUAUCAGCACGGUUAAGCCUAACUUUAUGUUCAGUACUCCACCUAUCAGCACGGUUAAGCCUAACUCUGUAUUCAUUAGUCCACCUGUUAAUACAGUUAACUCCAGUUUUAUGUUCCGUAAUCCACCUGUUAAUACAGUUCAGUCCAGUUUUAUGUUCAGUAAUCCACCUAUCAACACUGUUAAACCCAACUUUAUGUUCAGUGAUCCACCUAUCAGCACGGUUAAGCCUAACUUUAUGUUCAGUACUCCACCUAUCAGCACG